AUGUGUAAAUUUUGUGAUAUUGACCAUUGUUCAACGUUUAUGACUAAAACUGAAUAUAGAUAUGGAUCAAUUACGAACGAUGAUAUCACAGAUACAAAAUUGUUACAUGCACAACAAAUUUACGAAAAUGUAAUUCACCCCGACACGAACGAAGUUCAAAAUCGUUUUGGACGAUUGUCAUUUAUACCAAUUGGUAAAUCAUUAUUAGUUGCUGUUCUACUAUCUCAAUUGACAAAGAAUUCAUCCAGCUAUGCUUGGCAUGGUCUUAAUCAAUCAUACGAUUCAUUAGUAAAUUUUACCAACCGUAAUGGUGAUACCAAAUUCAGUCCAACUACUCAAGCUAGAUUCGGAAUAUCCAUUUUGACUGCCACAGCAACAUCGACGUUGGCCGCAUUUCACAUUGAAAGAUUUCUCCUUAGCAAGAUAUGUCAUCGAAUACUUCAUCGGUUCGUCCCAUUGAUGACAUUCGCAGGCGCCAGUUUUAUUAAUGUCCCAAUAAUGAGACACAAAGAAAUCAUAGAAGGUGUAAGAAUAUAUGACUGCAAUAAAGAAAAAGUUGGAUAUUCAAGAUUUGCUGGAUUAAAAGGCAUAGGAGAAACCAUAGUUACUAGAAUUAUAAUGCUUGCUCCGGGAGUAGUUUUAAUUCAAUACUUGGGAGACGUUUUGGAUAAUAAAAGCUGCUGGUUUAGAAAAAAUAAAUGGGUGCAUUUUCCUUUAAAUUCAAUUGGAUUUGGAAUUAUACUCAUUGGUAUGCUCCCUACAGCAUGUGCUGUGUUUCCACAAUUUAGUUCUGUAAAAUUGAGUACAUUACAGAAAUUUGAUAAAGAAGCUUAUAGUCAAGUCACUGAAAAAUCUGCUGAACUUUCAGACACAUUGUAUUUCAAUAGAGGACUUUGA